AUGCCUCCACCAUCCCUCGUCUUGCCUCUCAAAGUGCCUGUGCGACAUGACUUGACUCAACCUCUAUCAGAAUGGCUGGAUUCGGAGGAGAACCCUGCAACCUACCAAGAUACAAAUGCCGAAGGAAAUCUUUCGUGGAUUGUGCCAAAACCUUCCUUCAAAUCCACAGACUGUCGAGAGGAGAUAUUGAGACUGGCAGGACUUCGAAACACACUUUCUGAUAUUCUACAAGAGUCUCAUAAGGCGUCAUUAGAAUCUCGAUCAUUGGAAGAUUGCAACGAGUAUCAUGCUACUCUUCUCGAAUUCGAGAAACGAGGAUUUCCAACAGUUGAUGAAGAGUCUAAUGGGGUUGCACUUACCUGGAGAGGAGCGUUUAGUACGAGGUCAGAAGAAACGCAUUAUUCGUUACUAUAUGAUAGAGCGUGUACCCUUUGGAAUGUUGCGGCUUUGCAGUCAUAUGUGGCAAGCACUGCUGAUCUCACCACGAAAGACGGCUGCAAAAUGACCAUAUCCUUGUCACAAUCUGCAGCCAGUAUAUUGUCAACACUUCGACAACUGGUGGAAAACGAAGACUAUAUGACUGUGGAUCUUUCGAAAUCUCUACUUGCAUUCUGGGAGAAGUUGCUCUUGGCUCAGGGUCAGCUAUGCAUAUAUCGAAUGUCCAAUCUAGGUGGUAGCACUGUUCGACAACAUACAACACUCGCUUAUCUUGUGCAAGCUGCGGCAUCGAUCUACAAUGAAGCAUUGUCUGCUGCACAGGAUCCGAGGUUAGAAUCAGAAUUACCGAAGCAAGCCAAAGAGUGGGGGGUUCACUGCAAAAACCAGUCACUCAUCUGUCAGUCAAGGGCGGUAUUUCACAUUGCUAUAGAACACCGCCUCCAAAAAGAGCAUGGGCAGGAAAUCGCACGGCUACGGCAAUGUGUCCAAACACUGAAGGAGGCUCACGGCUUCGUCAAGACAUCAGCGGUUCAAUCUCAACUGCAGGAAGUGGAGGGUUUGGUCAAGAUGGCUACGGAUCGUCUGAAACAUGCCGAGGAGGACAAUAGAAAGAUCUACUUAGAUGAGGUCCCAAGAGAUUUGCCAGAGAUAAGAGCACAGACAAUGGUGAAACAGAAUCAACCACUUGCACCAACAAUGACAGUUACGAAAGCGCCUAUGUUUGCAUUUGUUAGCUAA